AUAUUAAAUGAUGCAACACGGCUUCUAACUCAACUUAAGCAUAGUUGUUUUGUAGGUUUAGAAAUCAGUCAUAGAUAAAUAGUGACUUCUCUGAUGGCUGUUCAAGAUGCAUCUUCCUCUUCCCUUUCUUCCUUUACUCGUUGGUGGACUUAUGAUGUAUUCUUGAGUUUCAGGGGCGAAGAUACUCGUCAAAAUUUCACAGCCCAUCUCCAUCAAGCUUUGGAUCGAAAGAAAAUAAACACAUACAUAGAUUACAAGCUCCCAAGAGGUGAAGAAAUCUCAGAAGAACUUCUCAAAGCCAUUGAAAGCUCAAGGAUCUCAAUUGUCGUCCUCUCAAAAAACUAUGCGUCAUCCACGUGGUGUUUGGAUGAGUUGAUGAAAAUCCUAGAGUGUAAAAAAAUAAAGCAACAAAAGGUUCUGCCAGUAUUUUACGAUGUAAAUCCAACAGAAGUACGACAUCAGAGAGAGGGGUUCAGAAAAGCAUUGGCUAAACUUAAAGAAAGGUUCAAGGAUGAGUCAAAGGUGAAGAGAUGGAAAGCAACCCUAACAGAAGUGGCUGGUUUGUCUGGAUUCACUUUAGGAGAUAGGACCGAACCAGAAUUUAUUCAAGAAAUUGUUCGAGAGGUUUCAAGAUUAGUAAAGCAUAAAUAUUUAAAUGAUGUUGCCAAGCAUCCAGUUGGAAUGGAGUCUAGAGUGCAGGAUGUCCAUAAUAAGCUUCAAAGUGUGGGAAUGAAUGAUACACGCAUUCUAGGGAUCUAUGGAUGUGGAGGAAUUGAUAAGACAAAUCUAGCUAAAGAAAUCUACAACACAUUUAUCGACCAGUUUGAAAAUUGUUGCUUUCUUGCAAAUGUGAGAGAAACUUCAAAGCGUGAGUAUGGUUUAAUUCAAUUCCAAGAGAAACUUCUUUGCGAGAUCCUUGGAGACUCAAGUUUGAAGGUUCGAAAUGUUGAUGAAGGAAUUGGUCUCAUAAAAGAGAUGCUUUGGAGUAAAAAGGUUCUUUUAGUUCUUGAUGAUUUGGAUCAGUCGGUCAAAGUGAAAACCUUACUUGGAGGAUGUGAUUGGUUUGGUUUAGGAAGUAUAGUCAUUAUAACAACUAGAGAUGAACAUUUAUUAACUAGUAAUAAUGUUCAUUUACGAUAUAAGGUGAAGGAAUUGGAUCACGAUGAAGCUCUUCAACUGUUUUGUUGGAAUGCCUUCCAAAACAAAAAUCCUAACCAUGAUUUUGUAGAACUCACAGAAGAUAUACUGCGUUAUGCUGGGGGCCUUCCGUUGGCUUUAAUGGUGGUAGGCUCGAGUCUAUAUGGUAGAGAUAUUCAUUAUUGGAGAAGUGCUUUACAAAAGUACAAAACAAUUCCUCACAACGAUAUUCAUCAAAAACUUAGAAUAAGUUAUGAUGGCUUGGAUGAAUUCGAGAAGAACAUUUUCUUGGAUAUUGCAUGUUUCUUUACAAAAGAGCAAAAAGAAUAUGUUACUAAAAUACUUGAUGGUUGUGAUUUCUUUGCUACCUGUGGCAUCGAAGUACUCGUGGAUAAGUCUCUCAUUACCAUUGAUGAGUGGGGCAAAUUAAUCAUGCAUGACUUACUCAAAGAUAUGGGUAGAGAAAUUGUUCGUCAAGAAUCACUCGAAGAACCCGAGAAACGUAGUAGGUUGUGGUUUCAUGAAGAUGUUCGUCAUGUAUUUGAAGAAACUAAGGGAACAAACAAGAUUCAAGGCAUAUUGAUAGAGUUUCCAAAACAAGAGUUGAUAGAUUUGAAGCCUGAGACUUUCUCGGCGAUGAGAAGGCUUAGGAUAUUCAUAAAUCGUAAUGCACGCUUUUCAAAAGGGCCUAAUUAUCUCUCAAAUGAGUUAAGAGUACUUGAUUGGCACAGCUAUCCUAGUCAUUCUUUUCCGCAAAACUUUCAUGGAAAGAAACUCGUCGUUUUAAAAAUGGAUGAUUGCUUCAUCAAAGGAUUGGGAGAAGGAUUGAAGAAUUUCCAGAAGUUGACUACUAUAAAAUUCUCUAAAUGUAAAUUCCUAACAAAGAUUCCUGAUGUGUCGGGGCUCCAAAGUUUAAAUAGAUUGGACAUUGAGUAUUGCAAUAACUUAGUUGAGGUAAAUCAAUCUAUUGGCUUCCUUGAUAAACUCGUCGAAUUGAAAAUUGUAUAUUGCCAGAGCCUUACUAGUUUUCCAAGCUCCCUCAAGUUGAGAUCUCUAGAAAUGCUUAUUCUUUCUUAUUGUGAAAGGUUGCAGAAGUUUCCUGAAAUUGAGAGUGAAAUGAAAUGUUUAACAUAUGUUAAACUAGAACACAUGACUGCUAUAAAAGAAUUGCCUUCAUAUAUUGGGAAUCUUACUAGCCUUCUGGAUUUACAAAUAAGCAAUUGCUACAAAUUAAGGUAUAUCCCUAACAACAUUCGUCAGUUGAAGCAUCUCCGUUGUCUCAUUCUUGAGGGUUGGUUAGAUGAUCAAAGCCAAUAUCACUUACCCUCCUCCACUGCAGAAUUGUUCCCGUCAUAUACUCCUCCAAUGAAUUCAAUAGUGUUUCCGAAACUAGAUUUAUCGGGAGCUACCUUCUAUUCCACCUUGGAAGUUUUAGAUUUAUCGGGAAGCAAUAUUGUCGUUAUCCUUCCUGAGUGGAUCAGAGGAUUUAUUCUAUUACAGUUACUUCAAUUGUGUCAUUGCGAGCAACUUAAAGAAAUCUUAGAACUUCCUCCAAAUAUAUCUAUGGUAAAUGCUAGGGGAUGCAUUUCAUUGGAGAGUUUUCCUGAAGUAUCAAAUAUGUUUGAAUUCAAUACAAGCAGCCAUAAAAUAUGUUCGAUUAACUUGAGUGGAUGCCAAAAAAUGCUUGUAAAUCCUCUACGGUUUGAGGAAUAUGUAGAGGACCUGGAUGAAGAUUUUGAACUAAUAUUUGCGGGAAAUAAGAUUCCAGAUUUGGACUACCAUUGCAAGCUGAAGAAGACUCGAAAUAGUUAUUUAUGUGAUGGGAUAAAUGUUGAUUUGGUGUAUUCGAAUGAGAUAAAAGGAUUCAUUGCAUGUGUUGUUGUUCUAUCCGAUCCCUCCCAAAGGUACUCUUUCCUCAGUAAUAUGCAUAUCGAUAUCUACUAUAAUGGUGUUUAUCAAUAUACCAGUACGCAUAUAAGAUAUAUUAAUCCAAGUAGCUCAGAUAAUGUGUGGUUGUAUUACCAUGAACUAAAAGGAGAGCAUUUCAAAUCAGUGGAGGGAAUUUUGCAACUUUAGUUUGAUGGGGACCAAGCUAGAAUCCCAAUUAGAAGUUUUGGAAUCCGUGUGGUAUGCAAGCAGAAGGAGAUCAAUACAUUACAAGACGUUGCACGUUGGAGUCCUUGUGUUAACGUCCAGCCUUCUUCAAAAUUAAUAAUUUCUGGUUUAGAGAAUGAAAGCGAAGAUGAGAAUCCAAAUGAAGAUUUGGAACUUGGGGUCCAUUUGGUAGAGAAGGAUGAAGAGAAGGCAAGAGAUCAUGAUACCGAUGUGCUCCAUGAAGAUGUUGGUGCCCAUUUUGAUGCAUCCAGUGAAGUAAUUGAAGGUUGGGUAGAUUAUUUAAUGGAUGGUAAGAGGCGUCAUAAUGAAGAUGAUUGCAACCUAGAAUUCAAUUGGCACCCUCAACAAAAGAGGCAGCAUUCCUCAACUAUGGGUAUUAGAAUAACAGAAUUAGAGAAUGACGAUGAGAAUCCAAAGGAAGAUGUGGAUUUAGAGCUUAAAGUUGGGUUGUAAUUAAAAGGUGCAAUCUUCAAUUUUGUUUAUUAAAAUAUUUUUAUUUUAACAAAAUGUAAUACCAACACAUCUUCUCAAACCAACACAAAUUAAAUAUACUAUCCCAUGCCACCAACACACAACAUCCCAAGUUACCAUGGCACAACUUCCAUAUAAGAAAAUUCAUCAAUCUGGAAUGAAAAUUCAUUGUCUGACAGUUUUGAGAUA